CAUUCCAAAAGAAGAUAUCAAAGUGAAAGAGAUUAGCAUUGAAGAUCCAGAGCUCAAGGUCACGCAAGUUUUCACAGUCCAAGCAAAAGAGCAGAAAUCCAUCUCAGAAAGACUCGAAAAGUUCUCUGAUUGGACAAGAGCUGUGAAAGCAAUUGCAAGAUUAAGAAGACGUGUAAAGUAUGUAAAGAACUCUAAAGAAAUGUCCAAUGAAAGUACUACACUGGAAGAAAGACAAGAAGCGGAGGAGUUCAUCAUACGCACAGUCCAACAAGAAGCAUUCAGUAAAGAAAUCAAGUCACUCAAGGAUAAGAAAGAAGUCAAAUCAUGCCACUCUAAACUGCACCAGCUAAGUCCAUUCCUUGACAAGCAAGAUAUCGUCAGGGUGGGAGGAAGACUAACAAAAGCGUCACUCCAUCCCAACAUCAAACAUCCAGCUAUCAUGCCAAAGGAGCAUCAUCUGUCACGUCUGCUCAUUAAACACUAUCAUGAGAAGAUACAUCAUCAGGGUCGAGGAAUGACCAUCAAUGAGAUACGUGCCAAUGGUAUUUGGAUAAUUGGUUGCAGUACAGAAGUGUCAUCAUUCAUAUACAAAUGUGUCAAAUGCAGAAAAUACAGGAAAUACAACCAAGAACAAAGGAUGGGCGACCUGCCAUCUGAAAGACUAGAAGCUACCCCUCCAUUCACAUACAGUGGUAUGGACUGCUUCGGACCAUUUUGUGUGAAGGAAGGGAGGAAAGAAGUGAAGAGAUAUGGACUCUUAUUUACAUGUAUGUGUUCGAGAGCUAUCCAUAUAGAAGUCUUGGAUGAUCUUAGCACAGACUGUUUUCUUAAUGCUCUUCGAUGCUUCAUUGCAAUUCGUGGAAAAGUCAGCCAGUUGAAUUGUGAUCAAGGCACUAAUUUUAUUGGUGCAAGAAAUGAGCUUCUAACACAAGAAACCAAAGAAAAGGUCAAAGAACUGGGAAUCAGUUUCAUAUUCAACCCACCUGCUUCAAGUCACAUGGGAGGAGUCUGGGAGAGACAGAUUCGAACAAUACGAAAUGUUCUCAGAUCCAUUCUCGACCAGUCAACUUCAAGAUUAGACACUUCAUCGUUGCGAACAUUCAUGUAUGAAGCUAUGGCGAUAGUGAAUAGCCGUCCACUAUCAGUCGAGUGCAUCAACGAUCCAGUCGGACCAGAGCCACUCACACCAAAUCAUAUUUUGACAAUGAAAUCAACAGUGAUAUCACCACCGCCCGGAGAAUUCGUCAAAGAAGAUCUCUACCUGCAGAAAAGAUGGAAAAGAGUGCAGUAUUUGGCGAACAUAUUUUGGACUAGAUGGAGAAAGGAAUAUCUGUUAAACCUGCAACAGAGAAGUAAGUGGAAUAAGAACAGAAGAAACACAAAAGUCAAUGACAUUGUUCUUCUACAAGAAGAUUGUGUUCCAAGAAACCAGUGGAAACUCGCCAAGGUCGUAGAAGUCACUCCAGGAGCUGACGACAGAGUCAGAAAGGUCAAGCUUCUCAUCAGUGACACUACUCGGGACAAUAAAGGAGCACGUUCAACUAAGACUGUUUUAGAAAGGCCAAUACAUAAGACUAUACUUUUGCUAGAAGCAGAGUAAGGACUUAUAAGUGUGUUUAUUUGCUAAAGUUCGUAAGUUCAUGUUGUGUUAACUUCUAUUUAGGAUCACACAUACAGUAGAAGUAGUGUGAUGGUGGGAGUGUAACAGCUGCUGAAGUAAAGUUAACUUCAUCGUUUUACCACUAGGAGGAGCUGUCGCAUUGGUAAUGCUAAAAGUAAUUUGCUUGGUGCGCAGUUAAUUUGUAUAAAUAUUGUUUUUAUUUUCCUAAUAUUGUAAAGUGCUUAUUAGGCCAAGGUAAUGCAUACUAGUGAUAAUAAUUGGGUUUAAACUAAUAUAAAAAUUGUAAAUGCUAAGUCAUGUGAGAGGGCACGGCCAGGUUACUUCCUGUUUUGUUGCUAAGCUAAAGAGAAGCAGCCGACACGGCAGACAAGGCUCCCGACCGAGUGUUAAAUAAAAGUAUAAAAGAAAAGAAAUAAGCAACUUCCCAAGUUCACACCGUUUGCUCACUUAGCAGGCCAAAGUGUUCUACGGUGUACUCUGUGAUGUUAAAGCCUCAAGAAAGUCACAGUAAAACAUCAGUAAAAGAAAAGAA